AUGUACGGCGGCGAUGAAGUUUCAGCUAUAGUAAUUGAUCUGGGUUCACAUACGUGUAAAGCUGGUUAUGCCGGAGAAGAUGCUCCCAAGGUCGUGUUUCCUUCUGUUGUUGGAGCUAUUGAUCAAAUGGAUGUUGAUGAAUCACAUGAUCCUAAAAAGAACUCUGGCUCUGGUGAAUCAAAGAACAACAGUAGAAAUGUUGAUAGUAAUAAAGCCAAGGGAAAGAGGAAAUUAUAUGUAGGAUCUCAGUCCUUGGGCUACCGUAGAGAUUUUAUGAAGGUAAUUCUUUUGUAAUGUCUUCUUGAAUCGUGAUUAGUUUUUGAAAUAUAGCUUUCAAAUUUUAUAACUAAUGUGAGAUGUACUUAUCUUUUUAUUUCAUCAUGUCAGGUACUGUCUUCACUGAAGGAUGGACUUUAGGAUGGACUUGUUGCUGACUGGGAUAUUGUUGACAGUAUUUAGGAUCAUGCCUUCAUGUUUAUACCGAUGUUAUAAUCUGUCUAUGAUAGUGUGCUGAAAAGAAUAGAGAAAGGCCAAAGAGACUGUAAAAGAAACCAUUAUAUACUCCAUACACUAAAUGAAUUGAUUAUUUGAUAGAAAAUUCUGUUUCUAUAGAGCUUAAUGUUAAAAUCAUGUAGCUGGCCCUAUCUAGUGGAAUAACG